AAAUCUCAAAAGUCAAAACAACCCAAAGCAAGGAGAAGAAGAAGCUGAAUCACUUCACUGCUUUUUUUAACCCUUUGUUUCUUUGUGGCAAUUUCACAACCACCAUAACUUCAUCAUCUUCAAUGGAAGCUCUUACAACACUUCACCAUCGUCACCAACCUCUAUGUUCCUCUCUCCACCCUUCUCUAACAUCAUCCACCGUUUCUUCUCUCUUUCUCUCACAACCUUCACCAUCAUCAACAUCACCAUCAUCUUCUUCCAUUAGAGCUUCUUCUUCUUCCUCUUCACCAUCAUCACCUUCUUCUGAAUCUCUUCAAAAUCUUCAAUACCCGGAACCCAAAACCCCUCAAUUCUUCAAUCCUCUUCCCAAAGUUUCAAACUUUGACUCUCCUCUUCAUGACCCAGAACCCAAAUCCUCCAAAUUUUUUAACCCUCUUCUCGAAGUUACGAACUUUGAGAAUCCUCUUCAUGACCCAGAACAUAAAUCUCAUCAAUUUCUUAACCCUAGUCGUAAAUUUCCCUCUUUUGUUACCCUAACUGUUGCAGCAUCAGCGUUUCUCUUUCUGGGUUGUUGUCAAAAUAGGUUUAACAAAUCAAUAACACCACUUUCUUCGGUUGUUUCAAUUGAAGAAAAAAAAUCGGAUGAUGAAAACGAAAUUGGAGAAUUUUUGGUGGAAAGUAAACCAGAUCAUGUUCAUUCUGUUUUGCAUUUGAAGCUCAAAGAAAAAAUCCGUGUUGUUCACAGUUUCAAGAAGACGAAAACCGAUGAUGACGAAGCGUGGAUAGUGUUGAGAGAACAGGUUUUUAGCUGCAGUGAGAAUUUGGAGUUGAUUAAGGUUGGAUUUGAAGAGAUAUUGGAGAAAGACAUGGAUUGUAAUAAGGUUCAUCAUGAUCGUGUUCUUGAGUACCUUGAAAUGGUUGAUGAAUGUAAUAGCUUGUUGAAGGGUAUUAAGGUUGCAAUGGAUAGAUGUGAGAGAGAGGAUGCAGAUAUAAACCGAUACCUUAGAUUGUUCUGCAAGGUUGUUGAUCGUAUUAGGGUCAUGGAGGGAGACAUGGUUGGUGCUUUGAAGUAUUUUAAGCAGCUUGAACAAGAGUGAUAAGAAAUUUGAGAGUCUUCUUUUGAUUGACUCAUUUUUUAUGAUCAUAAGAAUUUUUUUUUUUUGUCUAAUCAGUUGUUUACCAAAGAAGAUGUAUUUGAGGCUUCUUUUCAAGUUUUGAUUAAGCUUCAAUUGUUACUUUUAUUAAUUUUAUGUGAUGUGUUAAUUUUGAAAUAGUGGUUUAUUAAGAUGUGAAGCUGUAUUGAGAAGGCAUUGGAAAUGAGCUCAUGUAAAUAAUUAGGUAUUGAAGGUUUAAUUAUUAGUAGCAUAUAGUAUCUUUGUUGUAGUAUUGUAGCAUUGUAUGCACCAUUUUAUGUUCUUUGAGCUUCCUUACUGGUAUGAGAUGUUAAUUUAUGGAUAAUUUUUCGUCAUUU